AUGUCGGCUAUUGGACCCUUCAUGGCGCCCUCUCUGAGAACAUCAGAAUUGUACAUCCUAACUCCCACUGGUGUGGGAUCUCCCUCUCCUCGGAGUCCCGGCCAGUUCACAUCCUUCCGACUCUCGUCUACGCCACCAAUCCUCCCUCAACGUGCCAACGCGUCCCGCGUUCCGCCAGCUUCAAAAACCUUCGAGCGAUAUUCCCUCUCCCCACCUCCCGUUUCACCUCAGGCCAAGAAACCCAGACGCCCCUCCACCGCUAAUUCUGAAAUGUCCACACUCUCAUCAUCCUCCAAUUCCUCGAAUUCAUCCUGUUCCUCAUAUUCACCUGAAGUGACCAAAGCUUGGAUGAAGUCUGCGCGAAAACACUGGAACCAAGCCAUCCUCCACCUUGAUCUCCUACUCAGCAAUUGGAUGCUCUUCGAUGAAGAAAUUAUCAUCAACCUCCGCAAGACGUUUGUCACGCUCGACUUCCAUAUGAAGAGCAUUAUUGGCUCCACAAGUGAAUCCUUGGCCAAGCGUUACUGCUAUGAAGCCGAAUGUCUUCGCCGCUCCGUUGAGUCGUAUACGAAGUCGUCACCACAGCCUUCGACGCGCAAGGCAGAUAACCUCAUCGUCGCGGCACUCAAGCACCUUUUUGUCAACCGCAAGACCUCCAACGAAGCUGUUCGCUUAGGAAUUCGCUUCGCUGCCCAUGUAGUGCGUUCUUCAGUCUCUGAAGAUGAACUACUCGCAUGGGCGCGCUUCUUCCAUAACAACGCCGUCUAUGAUGAGACUGCUGAGCAACUCGAAGCAGCUAUAGCGGGACUGCACUCGGUAAAUUGUAUGGAGGACGCCGGUGCCUUGGCGCAGAAUCGUCGGCGAAACAUUUUCCAUUCUGUCGCGGAGACCCAGCGCCUCAAAUCGUGCUUCGAGGACUAA